CAUCCUAAGAUACAAAAGUACUGUUUGAUCUUUUGCAGGUCGCUCCAACUGCAAGUUGAACCAGCAGAGCCAUCAAGCUUCAAACUCAUCUUCCAAAAGCCGCUAUCACAGCCCAUCUUCACUGGGACCAAAAUCGACGGCUUUGACAACACACCACUCCAAAUCCUCCUUGUAGCCACUAAUACUUUGGAAGCUCCUCCAUCCUUGAUACAUUUACACCCUCUCAGAGUUGAACUAGUAGCACUGCAGGGAGAUUUCCCUGCCGGGGAUCAGGAGGAUUGGACCAGCGACGAGUUCAAUAGCCAGAUUGUGAAAGAAAGAACCGGGAAGAGGCCACUGCUCAUCGGAGAUGUCACCGUGAUGCUUAGAGAUGGAGCUGCGUUCGUAUCCGAGCUAUAUUUCACCGAUAACUCGAGCUGGGGAAAGAGUGGAAUGUUCAAGAUAGGUGCCAGGGUUGUGCCAGGAAGCUACCGCGGACCAAGGAUCAGAGAAGCCAUGACCGAACCUUUCAAGGUCAAAGAUCACAGAGGUGAAUCAUACAGAAAGCAUUAUCCACCAGCCCUAGAAGAUGAGGUAUGGCGGCUGGAGAAGAUCGCCAAGGACGGUAAAUUCCACAAGAAGCUGGCAGAUGCCAACAUUAACACCGUCCAAGACUUCUUGAAGCUGUGGUUUGUCAACCCACAGAGCCUUCGACAGAUACUGGGACAAGGAAUGUCGGAUCGGAAGUGGGAGGCGACCAUCAAUCACGCGAAGACCUGCGUCGUCGGCGACAAACUCUACAUCCACCACGGCCGGCGAUAUGCUCUCGUCCUGAACUCAGUUUGCCAGGUUGUGAACAUCAUUGCCGGCGCUAAUAGAUACACCCUACAGGAUCUGGUUAACAGAGCUGACAGAGACCAUGUUCAUCAACUAGCUCGAGAAGCAUACGAAAAUUGGGGUCAUUUGGAAGAGUUCCACGGAUUGCUGCCUAAUACUAAUCUUCCUCUACAUCAAAUUACAGAUGUGCAGAUGCCACGAGGUACUGUAGAACCUGAUCUGUACACGGAUCAAGACGAGGUUGGAACAUUCGUGUGUGACUUUGGCGACGACGGCGUUGGUCCUUUCAACUUUUCUGAUGUGCAGUCAACAACAUACUAAGAGUCAUCGUAACAUUCCAGGAAUUGAAGUAAGCUCUAUGAGUGCAUAUGGCAGUGACAUGAACUAUGUAUCAGUCGGUGCCUUAUUUGCAUGCAAUGUAGGCGUAUCCAAAUUAUUUUAUUCUUUUACGUUUUUUUUUUUUGUGGCUUUGCAUCAUUUUGUUCCAAUAACGAAGAUAGAUGUCCAAUCCAGUUGGUAACUUCGUUC